AUUUUGGUAUGGAGGUAUGUAUCACAACUCAGUCGAUUGAUAACGGUGUAGGAGCGGCGUCCAUGUUCGCAUGUCUCUUUACCCAUCCUUUGGAUUUGGCCAAAGUCAGACUCCAGACGGCGAAGGUUCCUGGCGAUAGUUUGGUGUCCCUAGCGUAUAAGAUUGUAAAAACAGAGGGAGUACUUGCAGCAUAUGCGGGGUUAUCUGCGUCGCUGCUAAGACAGGCAACAUAUUCAACCGCACGGUUUGGUGUUUAUGAGAAGCUAAAAGGGAUAAUGACAGACCCCACGAAAGGCCAGGCAUCCACUUUCCAAUUACUUGCAGCAUCUAUGAUAGCUGGUGCAGUUGGUGGUGUUGUUGGAAACCCUGCGGACGUUGUGAAUAUUCGAAUGCAAAACGAUAAUAGUCUCCCGGAGUCCCAAAGAAGACAUUACAAGCAUGCAUUGGAUGGCUUACUUAAAAUAACGAGAGAAGAAAACAUCACUGCACUAUUUAGGGGCCUUGGACCGAAUUUGGCACGAGGCAUUCUGAUGACGGCUUCUCAAGUUGUCUCUUACGACGUGGCCAAGAAACUGCUUGUUGAAAAUUUGAGCAUGGACCCCAAAACUAAAGCAACCCAUUUUUCUGCAUCAUUAAUUGCUGGUUUAGUAGCAACCACUGUCUGCUCACCAGCGGAUGUUCUGAAGACUAGAAUUAUGAACAGCUCUGGCACUGGUCAAAGCUCUUUCGGUAUUCUCAAGGACGCUAUAUCUAGAGAAGGCUUGGGAUUCAUGUUUAGAGGGUGGACCCCUGCAUUCAUUAGAUUAGGGCCACAUACAAUUUUGACUUUCAUUGCUCUGGAAGAGUUGAGAAGGUUAAAGAUUGGUCUUUAAGUAUGUAAAUUCUUGUGCAAACUUGUAAUCUGAAAACAAGACUAUUGUAACACAUUGUUUGAUUUGAUGCCAUAAAAAGCUCAUUUUAGUGUGUCUCGCCGAAGACGACAAAUCUCCCUAUGCUUCCAUAGCUCGAAAUCCACGUCAGUGUUCGAAGAUGGCGGGUGUCUGUUGACAAUAAUAGAGUUUGAAUCACUUUCUUCAUCCAAUUUCUUCAUUUGGGUUGUUUUGGCAUCAUCGUGUUGCCUGCAAGUGAAUUUUGGAUUUAUUCGUUUUGCUUUCCUUACAAAGAAGGGCA